AUGACCUCCAGAAGCCACAACUCCUUACCGAGAACUCUGAUGGCUCCACGGAUGCUUUCUGAGAGCGCCCUGGGGGGCAUCGCUCAAAUCACCCCCUCGCUGUACCUGAGCCGGGGCAGCAUCGCUUCCAACCGGCACCUGCUCCUCUCCCGGGGAAUCACCUGCAUCAUCAACGCCACCAUCGAGAUUCCCAAUUUUAACUGGCCCCAGUUUGAAUAUGUGAAAGUGCCUUUGGCCGACAUGCCCAACGCCCCCAUCUCCCUGUACUUCGACAGCGUCGCCGACAAGAUCAACAGCGUGGCGCGGAAGCACGGGGCCACCUUAGUCCAUUGUGCUGCUGGCGUCAGCAGGUCGGCCACCCUCUGCAUCGCCUACCUGAUGAAGUACCACAAGGUCUCCCUCUUCGAGGCCUACAACUGGGUCAAAUCGAGACGCCCCAUUAUACGCCCCAACGUGGGCUUCUGGAGGCAACUGGUAGACUACGAGAGGAAGCUCUUUGGGAAGACGACGGUUAAAAUGGUACAGACACCAUAUGGCAUCAUCCCAGACCUUUACGAGAGAGAGAGGAGACCCCUGAUGCCUUACUGGGGAAUUUAAUGGGACUGCAGAUGGGAAGCACAACAGAAGGGACAUGCUGUUCUCAGUCAACCAGCCUGGAGACAUUCCCUUCUCCUUCUACAGCCAACAUUGGUUCUUUACCAUACAGCAGAACCUCAACAAAAUCUCAACUCACUAACCUGCAAGGCCAACAACUCCCUUCAAAGCGUUUCUCUCUACAGGGAUUUCCCCCAUCCCCAUUUCUCUGAUCUAGCAGAAUGAGGUCUCCUUAUAAGUUUAUUCCUCUCAUAAAGCCUCCCUCCCUUUUUUAGUCAGUUUAUUAGUAUCCUCUGAGGAAAGGCCUAAAAGGCACUUGGCAGAGUUAAUGAACAAAGCGCGCUUUGUGAUGCGGUAG